CACGGAUUCUAUCAUGGCCUUUAUAAUCAGAUUCAUAAAACGAAUCCACUUGCUUCACGUGUUUAUAAGCGAUUGGAAUCCGUCCCGGUCUUUGGGAUUCUCGAAAAGCACUGUUCAAAAAUUCAUUAAAGUGUUUAUGCUCAGAAGCAGGCAUAUCACUUUGAAACCGCGUCCGAAGAUUAAAUUCUGGAUUCAAUACAGUUUCACUCAGGACCGGAAACUCAAAUCGACUUUGGGAAUCCACGUCUAUCAAUGUGCCAAGUUUAGCUUCAAUCUACAAUGUGAAGUGGUUAGAUGGAAUAAUAAACGUGCAUCCAACAAGGAUGAAAUAUGAGAAAUUCUUCAGGCUUGACCUACCUCAAUGUUUUCAACAGGCUCAGUAACCAAGUAAUGAAGUAAAAAAUUUGAAACUGUUCGUGUUGUAUCAUGCACGAUAGGUUUAUUUAAGACAUUUAACUCUGGUUUUGUAAUUGCAACGUUCUUUGGUUUUUUCCUAUCACUGUCUGUUGUUUCGGGUUCGUUUUCUUUCAGGCGCUUCUUUUUAACGUCAUGAAGGUCAUUUCCUUCGUGUAUUAACCCCUUUAAAUCCAUUCCGUAAAGAUGGGACUGAGUUUUGCUUUUGGUGAAGUCCUACAUGUCUGUCUCAUUUAGUUUUCCAACCAUUCCAAUGGUUAUGGAUUGCAAAUGCGGUUUGUAUAAACUUGCUUAAAGGUAAAAAAAAAAAAGCAAAUACGAGACGAAACGAUCCAAUUCGGACGAAGAUAAUUGGUAACCCAGUAUUGAAUAACCAGUCUUCAAUAUUGGAGCGAAACAACAGUACAAGAGAAAGAUUGAAAGGAUUUCUCUCUUAUUUUAGUAAAUAACCUUUUUUUGUGAAUGAAAACUAUGACAUUUCUUGAUGGUAAGUACUGGGUCCUGUAGGGAACAAGAGAAAAAGCCUGAAACGAAUAUGAUGCAAAGCGGUGAAAGAAAUUUCUACUUGAAUGUCUACAGUUUAUAGUCCUGUUGUGAAACGUUUGAAUUCUGUUGCCUCGAACACUCAUCGCAUAUUUCCUACCGAUGAACAUGAAUUUCUUUUGCUUUAUUCUUGCUUGCUGUUGUAGCAGUUGGUAACAGUUAGAUGUUUUUCAUUUCCUUUCACUUAUUUUUUAUUUCGUCUCACAUUCACCACUCCAUAUAUUAGCGACUACGAGAUUCUUUACCAGCAGAAUUGUAUCAGCAUCCCAGUCAAAAUUUAGCACAUGUCAACAUUCAACUUUUGUCUUCUCACUUCAUGUAGAAUUGAAAAAAUAAGAAAAAUAAAACUUGAUUGAGUGUCAAUAUCAUAAGCUUACAAGCGUGUUUGUUGGGUUGACUUCUGACGUUCAUAGCAAGUAUGCAACACAUAUACCUUUCAUUUGAACAGAGUGAGAUUGUUAGUUUCUUUUUGCUUUAAUUUGUAAAUUUCUUUGAUAAUACUUAUAAUUCGAGCUUACAAGGUGUUUUCUUGAUUCAUAUAGUAUCCCAGAACAAAAUAAACAUGGGACUCACAUCUUGGCUAUUUGGAGGCCGAAGAUCACCGCAGGAGCAGCUGCGGGCUCAUCAGAGAUCUCUUGGAAGAGCUGAGCGGGAGUUGGAUCGUGAAAAGUUAAAACUGGAUCAACGAGAGAAAAGUUUGAUUCAAGAAAUUAAAGCAAGUGCAAAAGUAGGUAGUACAGGCGCCGCUAGGAUUCAAGCUCGAGAUUUGAUGCGUCUUCGGAAUAGCAGGAAGAAGAUGAUGAACGCGAAGACUCAGUUGCAAGCUAUUUCUCUUCGUCUCCAGACAACGAGAACAAGUGAACAAAUGAUGCAAAGUAUGCGCGGUGCUACUCGGCUUCUCGGUGGUAUGAACAAGAGUAUGAAUCUUCCUGCUAUGUCUCGUAUUGCUCAGCAAUUUGAACGGGAAAACGACUUGAUGGAACAACGCCAAGAAAUGAUAGAUGAAAGUAUGGACGAUGCUUUGGAAGACAAUGAUGAAGAAGAAGCCGAUGAGCUUGUAAAUAAAGUCUUGGAUGAAAUAGGUGUAGACCUAUCUCAGGGACUUCCCGAUGCCGCAACACAAAUGGAAAAUGUACCAGAGCUUAAGUCUGAGGACAAUUUACAAGCAAGAUUAGAUGACCUAGCUAAACGAUGAUACGAAUUUUCUUAUUUUAUGACGGAUAGUUUCGUUUUUAUUACUACAGUACAUAUAAUUGAGUUCACUGUUGUCAAUUUUUUCUAUACCUUGCAUUGCUCCUCUUAACAGUAUUCAAUAUUCAGGAACAUUCUUCAGUUAGUAGGAAAGGAGAUGAAAUUAAGAAGAGAUAAAAUAAAACUCAGCUAUAGUCCUAGUAGAGCUCUAAU